AUGGCUGAGUUGGUUUCCGGAGCACUUCUCACCGCUGCCAUCGAGGCGGUUCUCAAUAGAUUGGCUUCUGGUGAUAUUCUUGACUUUCUCCGUGUCAGAAAUCUCCAGGAUAACUUCCCGCUGAAAAAACUAAAGACGACCUUUAACAGUCUCAACAAAGUCAUGGAAGAUGCUGAGGAGAGGCAAUACGCAGACCCUAAUGUGAAGAACUGGCUUGAUGAGCUCAGAGGCGUUGUGUUCCAGGCUGAGGACCUGUUGCUUGAGAUUGCAACAAAGGCCUCUCGACGGCAACUGAAACUUGAACUUCACCCCCACACAGGUAAACUACGCAACCGCUUAACUUCCAAUGUGAAAUCCUUUGAAAAAGAUAUCGAACAAAGGAUCCGGAAACUUGUCGACUACCUAGAACUCUUAGCAAAACAGAGGGAUGACCUAGGGUUGAAGGUUGGCUCUAGCGCACUCACUCAAGGGGGAGCGAAUAGGAGAGUUUGCCAGAGAUUGCCAGAAUCGUCUUUGAUAAAUGAAGCUGAUAUAUUUGGUAGAGAUGCUGAUAAAGAGAAACUAGUCAAGGUUUUACUGUCGCGCAACAAGGGCAAGACUCAAUCCCCAAUGGACGUGAUUGCCAUUGCAAGUAUGGGUGGAAUGGGUAAGAUCACUCUGGCGCGGCUUGUUUAUGAAGACAAAAGGAUGAUAGAUGGAUUUCACUACAGAGCUUGGGCGUGUAUUUCUAAAGAGUUUGAUCUUGUUCACGCAACAAAAGCGAUUCUUAAAGUACUUGAUUGUUCAAUUGAACUUGAAAAAUCAGAUGAUUUAGAUCCACAUCAACGUAAACUACAGGAAAUGUUAAAGGAUAAGAAAUUUUUUGUGGUUCUUGAUGAUGUAUGGAACAAGAAUCAUGCCAUUUGGGAGGCCUUUCGAACUCCUUUCAACUAUGGAGCUCCAGGAAGUAAAUUUCUCAUAACAGCACGUGAACAAGGGGUGGCGAAAGUCAUGCGGUGCACAGAUAUUCAUUUUUUGGAGCCAUUGCAAAAUGAAUAUCCUUGGAAGUUAUUUGCAAAACAUGCAUUUAGUGACCAAUAUGUUGAUCCAGGACUUGAAUCAAUUGGUAGAAGAAUCAUUAACAAGCGUGGAGGAUCGCCUUUGGCCAUAAAAACAUUGGGAAGCUUGUUGGGCACAAAACUAGCUCCUCAAUAUUGGGAUGCAAUUUUGAAGAGUGAUAUUUGGUCCUUAUCAGAGGAUGAGAGUAAUAUAAUCCCAUCUUUAAGGUUGAGCUACCAUUAUUUACCUUCUAAUCUCAAGCGUUGCUUUGCAUUUUGUUCCUCUUUCCGAAAGAUCACUUGA